CUUUUUCAUGUUUUAAUGAUGUUGUGCUGUGGCUAUAUGGGCUCCUCAUGAAUAUGCAAUGGAGGGUAGAUUUUCGGAGAAAUCAGAUGUCUUCAGCUUUGGGGUUUUAGAGAUUGUAAGCGGUAGAAGAAAUGCUACUUUCUAUUGGAAUGAGCAAGCCUUGAGUCUUUUAGGAUUUGCAUGGAAAUUAUGGAAUGAAGGCAACAUUUCAGCUCUAGUAGAUCCCGUAAUAUCCGAUCGAAGUUCACAGAAGGAAAUAUUUAGAUGCGUACAUGUUGGCCUACUGCGUGUUCAAGAGCUUCCAAAAGAUAGACCAACAGCAUUUACUGUCAUUUCAAUGCUGAAUAGUGAGAUUUCUUCUGUUUCAACUCCAAUGCAACCCCCAUUUGCUGAAAGGAAACGCCACUUGCGUUAAGAGACAUUACUUCAUCAAAGCCAUCAACAAUAUCCCAGUAAUAAUGUGACACUCACAAUUGUUGAUGGCAGAUAAUAAGUUCCUGUUUCAAUUAUUUUUCUUGUAACGUAUGCUGCUAGAUCGUGGAUUAUCAUUGUUGAAAUGUGCAAACGUUAAAUGUUCUUUCUGUUCUGUAUUAAGGCUGAAUCCGAAAAUCCGACAUGCCUC